AUGGCAAAUGAUAAUUUGAACAAUCAACUUUUUAUAAAAAGCAAAUGGAUACGAUUCAACGAAACUGCUUUUAAUAGCGUCGAAGAGGAUAUAGGAGUUAUGGCGAGAGCAUAUGAAAGAGAGGAGAGAAGUAAGUUCAAUCAAUAAUAAUGGGAUACUUCAAGAAGAAAAACAUUUUUUUCCAUCAAUUCAUUAAAUUUCAUGACUGAUUUUUCCAGUGCGAAAUGAAAGAUCCACAUUCUCCAGUUUGCUGGAAUUAUCAGGAAAAGAAUUGAAGAUGAAAAUUUUCGACAUCAAUCUGUUACCAAAUAGCCGACAAUGUCCAAUCUGCGGACAAGUUAUUCUGAUUACAGAAGUAGCGGCAGAUAAGUUCUCAGUAAGUAGUGAUAAAGGGUUAUGUUCCUCUAUAAAAAAUUUCAGUUUCGUUGUUGUUCCAAGCAUUUGGCACCGCGAUCGAAAACACUAUUCGACAAUUCGAAUUUGAAAUUCGAAUCUAUAAUAAAGAUCAUUUGGUAUUUGUCUGGAAAGUAAGUUACAUUUGGAUUAUCAAAAAUGAUUACUUCAUUUUUCAAGAUUUGAUAAUGCACAAAUUCACGCAAACACAAAGUGCGCAAUAGGAACAAUUGAAAAACUAAGAAAGAAAUUGAGUUUCUUCGAAAUCGCGUAAGUUUUUGGUUGGAAAUUUAUGUAGACCAAAUUAGUUCUUUCUAUGAAAUAUUAUCGAAAAUCUACCACGCGCUCCAACGCAGACCGCGUCGCGCCACAACACACACAAAAAAGGGAGGGAAUUUGAAUCGUUCCCUUAUUUGUGUGUUUUGUGGCGCGGCGCGGUCUGCGUUGCGUGUUUAUUUCGGUGGAGCGAGUAGUACCGAUGAGAUUUUCGAUAAUACUAAUUAUAUUUUCGAAUUCUACAAUAUGAUUAUUUCAGCGCCGAAAUGCCACAAGAAACUAUUUUCGAUCAAUUCAUUAGGGCGAUAAUAGCAAAAAAUUUGGAAAUGGUCGGAAAGAAAAAUGAAAGUGAAUGA